GUUCGCUCGUCUGCUUCGGUUCCUUGUCUCGCUCGGCUUAGACUGAUAUUUCUGCUGAGUGAUUGACUGAAGGCGUCCGUCCGUCCCUCACUCAUUGCUUUGCUUGUUGGUGAGAUGACGGAUCCGAGCGGUGCGGUGGUGCGUCCUUCCUUCUGUUCACUGGGCAAUUCGGUCGACGCCCACACCAACCUGUUCAACCUCAAGGUGGACGAGUCGGUCAAGAUCCAGGUGUACGCCGUCAACAUCACGCCGCCCAUCACCAAUGUCAGCGAGGUGCGCAAGGUCAUCUACAACGCCCAGGAACCGGUACUGUGACACACACGCACACACAGAGAGGGAUGAUGGGAUGAAUGGAGGGGUGUGAUGGAUGGUGUGAUGUGGUGUGGUGUGUGCAGAUUCUGAACGCGUUGGUUGCUGAUGGUGCGAAGGUCGGGGCCAUUCUGCAUCAGGGCAUGAAUGUUUUCGUGACCUUGCCGCACAGCCUGACGCCCAACCAGACCGUGUCGGUCGACUCAACCAUCCAGGGCAACUCGCAGACGGUAAAUAAGUGACACACACUCACACAGACAGAUCGACGGGAGGGGAGGUUGGGGAUGGAUGGAUCGGCCCAUCCGGCCAUGUCAUUGGUGUGUGGUGUGGUGUGGUGUGCAGUUUUCGGUUCAGUUGGCGUUCAAGCACGACCUGGUGCUGCGCGGUGACGACUUGUCGCAGGAGGCCAUCCAGUACAUGAACGUAGCCCUCAAGAAGGCUCUGGUGAGUCGGUGACCCACACCAACCACAUCACAUACACACACAUGAAUAUCUCUCCUGUUUUUGUGUGUGUGUGUGUGUGUAUGUAUGUGUUUCAGGGCCAGCUGCACAUGGACUUCAUCGGGCGUCACGGGUUCCUCACCAACAUGUGCAGCGAGCGUGCGCCCGAGCAGCUCAGCAGAGUCAAGUACGGGCCCAACAAUAGCAAAGAGAUGCUCCUGCUCCCAGGUGACACACACACACACACACAGAUGGAUGGAUGGAUGGAUGUGUUGUCUUGGUUUGCUUGGUUGGUUGUCAGGUUACUUCACGUCCAUCCAGCAGAUUGGCAAGUCCCUCUACCUCCAGGCCGACCUCACGCACCGCAUAGUCCACAACGAGACGCUGCUCGCCGUCAUCCAAAACGAGCAGGUUUAAUCAACACACCACACCACACUCAUCCUUCCAUCCCAUCAUCCCUCUGUGUGUGUGUGUGUGGGUAAUGCAGCGAGGUUUCAGUCGAACGGGAACGUUGACCUUCGAAGAACACAUCAACGAUAAGUACAAGGGCCGUCGCGUCAUGACUCAUACGUACGCACGCACAAAGUGCACACACACACACACACACACACGUCUGUCCGUGUGUUUGUAUGUGUGUGUGCAGGAGUCGGGGCCUGCCAACAACCGCAGCAGAUCGCUCUACUGCAUCGACAGAGUAGAGCACACCACACCCAGCGAGACAGCACACACACGGCAAUUCACUUGUCUCUCUCUCUCUCUGUGUGUGUGUGUCUAUGUGUGUGCCAGAUUGAGUUUGACGAGACGCCUGAGACCAAGUUCGUCGAUUCGAGCGGCAACGAGACCUCCAUAGCCGAGUACCUCCUGACUCGUUAUGGGGUCGAGUGCCAGCCCCGCCAGCCACUCGGUCAGUCUGUCAGUCUGUCAGUCUGUCAGUGUGACCCACACACACGUCUGUCUGUCUGUCUGUCUGUCUGUGUGUGUGUGCAGUUGUAUCUGAGCGUCGCAAGAAGGUCACCAACAGCGAGGGGAAGCGUGAGGAGGUCGUCAUCCGCACCAUCAAACUCCCCGUGCAGUGCGUCACGCUGACCGGACUCGACGAGUGAGUGUGUGACCCCCUCCCACAGACCCACACACACGCACACACACACACACACACACAUCGCGGGCUGUCUGGCAUCGCAUCCCUCUCUGUGUCUCUGUGUAUGGUCAGUACGAUUCGCAACGACCACUUGAUCAACGAUCUAGUUGGCAAAUCGUGCAGAAUGACUCCUGGUGGGCGAGAGAGACCACACGCACACACACGCAGAGAGAGAGAGGCCACAUCUAUCCAUCUCAUGGAUGAAUAUGUGUGUGUGUGUGUGUGUGUGUAGACGAUCGUCUGAAGCGUGCUCAUCGGUUCGUCGAGGUGCUGCGUGACAAUCCCAACGCCAAGGCCGUGCUGGACCGCUUCAAGCUCGAGAUAUGCGACGCCAAGGAGAAAGUCACGGGCAGAAAGCUCAACGACGGAGACAACGUCAACUCGUUCCGCGUACACCCACACCGCACCCACACACUCACACACACAGCGCCACAGACACGUGUGUGUGUGUGUGUGGUCAGUACUACGACCGCCCCAACACGCUCGAGACGCUGAAGGCGCCGAGGAAGGGCAAGAACGAGGACACACUCAAGAACAGUCAGCGACACAGCCACACACAUGGAUGGAUGGAUGGAUUGGUGGGUCUGUGUGUGUGUGUCAACCAUUUACAAGGUGGCAAUGCUUUGCGCGGCGACUCGUUCAACUUCAUUCCCAAGGGCUGCCUCAAGCCUAUCAAGCUCGAGAAGUGGGUUGUGCUGGCCGACAAGAGCGACGCCCAACAAGCGCAGAAAAUGGCGCGUGACAUCUACAAUGCUGCAUGUGGUGUGUGUCCACACACACGCCCACCAAGCCCACUCAUCUCAUGUGUGUGUGUGUGUGUGGAUGUGUGUGUGUUUAGCACUCGGCAUGGGCGACUGGGAGGCGCCCAAGUGGCUGAUCAACCAGUCGCUGAGCGCCAUGUUGGCCGACCACCAGACCCUCGUCAAGGAAAUCAGCGGAGCGCAGUGCGUGGUCUGCCUCCUCCCCAACUCCAAAGGGAAGACAACAAGCGUCACACAACUCUACAACGUAUGUAACCAAACCACAGCACACACACACCACAGACACACACACAGAGAGAGAGAGAGAGAGAAACGACGCGACUGUGUGCGUGUGUGCGUGUGUGUGUUUAGGGGUUGAAGCAGCUGCUGACGUGCGAGGGCAGCCAGUGUGCGUGUGUGGCGCAGUGCGUGCAGAGCAAGACGCUGGCCAGCAACAAGUGGCAAACAGCCUGUCAAAAGGUCGUCCAGCAGGUCAGGUCAACCAACACACACAUCCAUCCAUCCAUGUGUGUGUGUGUGUGUGUCUGUGUGUAGAUCGUGUGCAAGGUGGGCGGCGCUGCGUGGGGGCUCAACGUCAAGGGGCGCAAGCCCUUGAUGGCCAUCGGCGUCGACUCGCGCAAGAGCAAAGGUCAGUCAGUGAGUCGAGGCCACACAAACAAAGGACAGAGACAGACAGACACGUGUGUGUGUGUGUGUGCAGAUUCGACGAUCGUGUCGCUGUGUGCAACGGUCGACGACCUUUUCAUCGAGCACUUCACAAGUAAACCACACACAGCCGCACACACCCCUCUCCCUCUCCCUCUCUGUCUGUCUGUGUGUGUGUGUGAAAACAGUGUCGCAGGUGUACUCGUCUGAGAUGGACCUGGCCGGAGCAUUCACCAACUUCAUCUCUCGUAUCCACACACAUCACAAGCCCACACAUCACAUCCACAGUGCAUCUCUCUCUCUGUGCAUAUAAUCAAAUCAGGUGCGUGUGAGACGUUCGAGCAGCGCAACAACAUCGGCGUCAAGCGCAUCGUCAUAUAUCGGACGGGCCUGGGCGAGGGGCAGAAGGUCGCUGCAACCGAGUACGAGAUUCCCGCCAUCAAGACCGGCCUCGAGCAGGCCUGCGGCGACAAGCAACCAGAGCUCGCCGUCAUACUCACCACACAACAGACCAACACCGGGCACACACACACACACACACGGGCACACGGAGAGAGCGAGGGAGAGGGAGAGAGACACCAACGUGACUCUCUCUGUGUGUGUGUGUAGGUUCGCCACGGCAAAAGGCAACCAGCUGUCCAACCCCCCGCCCCUCUCCGUCUUCGACAAAGGUAAAUCAGCGAGUGGGGGCUGAGGUGACUGCUGUGUGUGAGUGGAGUGUGUGGGUGGAUUGCAAUCAGGUGUUGCCGACGACGCUCUGUACGUCUGGUACGGCUGCCAUCAGCAGGUCACGAGCGGCACCAUCACACCCACCAAGUGAAUGACCACCACACACACACAGACACACAGACAGAGAGGCGGAGAGACACGCUCUGUGUGUGUGUGUGUGUGUUUGCUCUGCCUGUGUGUGUGGAACCAAACAAACAAACAGGUAUGAGGUGCUGCACAUGGAUCGCUGGGGCCUCGACGUCGACCAAACAAUCAACCUGACCAUGCAGCUCAGCACCAUGUACCAAAACUGGAGCGGUCAGCAACCAACCAAUCAAUCAGUGCCACACACAGACACACACACACCCUCUCUCUCUCUCUCUCUGUGUGUGUGUGUGUGUGUGUGAAUGUCUAUCGGUCAGGUCCGAUUCGUGUGCCAGCGGUGGUCAAGAUGGCCGAGGUGUGUGCUCGCAAGGUGGCUGAGAAUCUGCAGCUCAAGACGCCCACAGACGCCCUCGCCACCUUCCCCUGGUACCUCUGAGCCUGAGCCAGCUGCCCUCACACAGACAGACCGACCGACUGACACAGACAGACAGUCUGAGACUGUAGAGUAGAUCGAGGAGUAGACGACACACUGACUGACUGGAUUCAUGGACAAAUUCAUGUUGACUGAAUGAAUGGC